AUGAGGAUAGGGUACAGGCGCAAGAUCACCGUCUCUGACGAUACCGUCACUUCUGCUGUCCAUUUGACGCUGAAGCAGUCGCUGGUGCCAUGUUUUCUGGUGACGAUCCUGUUCUUCCUCUGGGGAUUCGCGUACGGGCUUCUCGAUGUCCUCAACCCCCACUUCCAGGCGGCACUUAAUGUUACACCAUCCAGAUCAUCCGGUCUUUCGGCUGCAUACUUCGGUGCAUAUUUCAUCUGUCCUCCAACCAUAAGCGGCUGGAUCCUUCGCAGAUGGGGUUUCCGUGUGACGUUUAUGUCGGGGCUCGCCAUCCUCGCCGUAGGAUGCCUUCUCAUGUGGCCCAGUGGAGUGAAGCAUUCCUUCGGCGGAUAUUGCGGUAGCAUGUUCGUUGUGGGUGCUGGACUCUCGACCCUCGAGACUGCUGCCGACCCCUUUCUUUCUAUCUGCGGUCCUCCUAGGUAUUCUGAAAUCCGCCUCAAUCUCGCACAGGCUGUGCAGGCCAUCGGAUCGUUUGUCGCUCCUCUUCUCGCGUCCCGCGUCUUCUUUGCAAACACUGUGGACACUGACCAGGGGCUCAAGAAUGUGCAAUGGACUUACCUUGGUGUAGCGGGUUUUGUUGGUCUGUUGAUCAUCCUCUUCUUCCUGGCUCCCAUGCCGGAGAUCACAGAUGCAGAUAUGGGAACCCAAGAGAUGGAAAUCGCAGAAUAUGAUCCUGGGCCAUUGAGAAAGCAAACCAACCUCUUCCUGGCAGUAUGGAGCCAGUUCUGUUAUAUUGGAGCACAGGUAUCCGUCGCCAAUUACUUUGUCAACUUUUGUGAGGAGGCUGGAAAGAGUCCUUCCACGAGCUCCGAUAUCUUCGCCUCUGCCCAAGGUCUCUACGCCUUCAACCGUUUUGUGGCAGGCGGCCUCAUGACCUUCAAAUCGAUCAAACCGCGUUUCAUCCUCGCCCUCUACCUUUUCAUGUCGUUCGUCUUCGUUCUCGCGGCUUCCCAAUCUCAUGGCAAUGCAUCUAUCGCGAUGCUGUGCCUCGUCUUGUGCUGGGAAUCGGCAUGCUUCGCGACGAUCUUCACCCUCGGGCUCCGUGGCCUGGGACGACAUACCAAAGUCGGCGGGUCGUUGAUCGUAGCCGCGAUCUCGGGUGGCGCGGCGUUCCCGCCAAUGACCGGGGCCGUGGCGACGCAUCUGCAGAAGAGGGGGAGCAAAAAGCCUUUCCACAUAGCGAUGCUCAUCCCGAUGAUGGCAUUUGUGUGCGCGUGGGUCUACCCGGUCUAUGUCAACCUCUUCAACAGGGAGACGGUGGAUGCGCGCCGGGAAACGGACUUGGGCAUUGUGCCGGCCCCAACGGAAAAGGAGCUCGCACUGCAGGACUCACACGUUGGAGAGAAAGAGGAGGUGUCUACCGGCGAGCAGAAAGAGGUGGUGUAG